AUGUCUACUGGACAAGAUCAGUACAUUACCUUGAUCAAGGCUUCAAAACCGGUCGAGCCCGCUGUGCUGAAUUCCAUAUUCGACGAACUUCCUCCUGUUAAACCAGACCAAUUGACUGGCGAGUGGAAUGGGAGGUUCUUCGACACUGGCCAUCAGAUUGUAAGCCUCCUGAAAGAGAUACGGUGGGUGGGCAAGUCAUUUAAGUCCACCGACAAUGUGGAUCCGGUAAUCAUUGAGAAGGAUGAAGAACGAAUCAGUUGGGGCAAGUGGGGUUUGCAUCUGUACGCGAUCUCUCUUCAAAGAAUUGUCGUUGGGAAUUAA